AUGUCUCAGAUUCCUGGGAUAUGUGAGCUGGGCUUAGCAAAGCAGAUUUCUGUGUUCCAACUUCUGGAAAUAUUCACUGGUGGUUUCCUCCUCACCAGCAAGUUACCUUCUAAUGACCAUGAGAGCAGCUGGGGAGACAACAGGCAAAAAUCCAAAGAACAAAACUUGUCUGGAGAUGAAGAAAUAGAUGAUGAUGAGGAAGAGGAAGAAGAAGAAGCAGAAGAAGUAGAAGAAGUAGAAGAAGUAGAAGAAGUAGAAGAAACAGAGGAGACUACUCAGAAAGAGACCAUCAUUCAACAGGAGAAGGAAAGCACUGACAAUCACACUGUGAACAGUUCUUCAGAGAACACUGAUGACCAAAAAACUGGAGGAAUUGUGGGGAGAAAAAAGCGAAAGCCACUGACAAGCCAGAAGAAUGUAUGUAGCAGAAAGGAAGACAGCUCUGAAAAGCCAUUGCAGAGUGAAGAAAAGGAAAAGGAAGAUUUAACUGGUGAAGGCAGUAAGGAUGAAAAUCAGAAUCAUACACUGGAGAAUUCCAGUGAAACUGUGACUAACCAGGACAGAAGGAUGAAAGUUAAUACAUGUAUAUUGCUGUAA